AUGGUCCACUUCAUGAACCCCCUUCUCGCCGCGGCUGUCUCUCACUACGCCGCCUCCAGCGGCUACACUGGCAGCAACGGUGCGAUGAGCGCGUGGUCGAGCUCGUACCCGCCCACACUCCAGACCGGUUGCUCCCUCGCUGGCUUUACGCCCUCCUUCCCCGCCGGCCAGUCGCAGCUCGUCGCGCCCACCAACCCAGCGCGGUUCAUCGGCCUCGCGUUCGGCGUGCAGAACUACACGUGUUCGCAGAACAACAACUACACGGCCGCCGGCGCCGUCGCGGAGCUCAUCGACGUCUCGUGCAUCGCGCUCGAGCCCGAGUUUGCUACGAUCCAGAACGACCUCUUCACCGUCUGGGACAAGCUCGUGUCGUACCCCAUCCAGGUCGUGAUCGACUUCCUGCACGUCAUCAGCCCCCCGGAGGUGCUCGCGCAGCACUACUUCGUGCCGAACCCGGCGGGCCAGGGCCUCAGCCCGGUGUGGGACUUCACGUCCUCCGGCGCCUUCCAGGGCAACGGCGACGCGAUCGUCCUCGCGAAGGGCAAGGGCAACAUUCCCGCGCCGACGAACGCGACCCGCGACGUUGCGUGGCUCGACGUCCCCCCUGCGUCCUGCAAGUACGGCGUGGACGGGGACCUGUCCGUCAAGUACGUCUCGAAGUACAUCUUCUACGGCGGGUCUGCUCAGCCGUCGAACGGGUCUUCGUCCUCAUACUCCUCGGGGUACUCUUCGGCCACCUCCACCUACUCGUCGGCCGCCUACACCUCUACGAAGUGGCACUAA